UGGUAACUUGAACUUGACGUCUUUGACUUCUGUCUGUUCCGUUCUGGGUGUAAUUUUCUGCUGAUUGUUUUAUAAAAUCGCCGAAAUAUGGCGAAAAGAAUCGCGCAGAGCAACAUUUCCUGGGCUGCUUUGGCCGAGAGAGUCCCGGCGGAGCAGAGGACCAACCUCGCCGCCUUCAAAAUCAAAUCCGAUGGUUACCUUCGAAGGGUGCUAGCGAAUCCCCCGGAGCCUCCGAAGAUCAAUUGGGCCCUGUAUAAGCAAACAGUGCCUAUCCCCGGUAUGGUGGAGAACUUCCAGAAGCAGUAUGAAGCUCUGAAGAUCCCGUACCCCGCGGACACGCUGACCGCGAAGGUGGACGCGCAAUGGGCUGAGGUCAAGAAGGCUGUGGAUGCCUUCGUUGCGGCAUCCAACGCAAACAUUUCGAACUACCAGAAGGAAAUCAACGAGACCAAGGCCCUCCUGCCCUACGACCAGAUGACCAUGGAAGACUACAAGGACGCCUAUCCCCAGGACGCCAUCGACCCGAUCAACAAGCCCACCUUCUGGCCCCACAACCCCGAGGAACAGCUCGACUAUGUUGACCCCAACAAACCCGCUGGUGGUCACCACUAAACCAAUAUUCAAUAACGGAGCUCUCUCGUUCAUAGAAUCGGUAUGGAUGACUGAACUCUGUUCUGGGCGUCAUUUUGGCAUCAAUUUGGUGGCUGAUGAUGCCAAAAUGAUUUAGUCAACAUCUGUAUAAUUUAUGUAGGAAUAAAUGAUUAUGAUCAACUU